AUGAGUCAAAGUACAAAAGUCUCUGAUAAAAUAUUUUUGGCUUUUGUGUUGGGUGGACCAGGCUCUGGUAAAGGAACCCAAUGUGCAAAACUAGUAGAGGACUUUGGAUUUGUACAUUUAUCUGCUGGUGAUUUAUUACGUGAAGAAAGAGAUCGUGAAGGCUCUCAAUAUGGCGAAGAGAUUAAUAAAUGUAUGAAAGAAGGACUUAUAGUUCGUAUGGAAAUCACUAUAGCUUUGCUUGAAAAAGCCAUUAUCAUGAAUGAAUCUGAUCGAUUUUUGAUUGAUGGAUUUCCUAGAAAAAUGGACCAAGCUUUACAAUUUGAAAAAGAUGUAUGUGUGCCUACUUGUGUGCUAUUUUUCGAUUGCCCAGAAGAAGUUAUGCUUGAACGUCUUUUAAAACGUGCUGAAACCAGUGGUCGUGUUGAUGAUAAUAUUGAUUCUAUUAAAAAAAGAUUCAAAACUUUUGUAGAAACAAGCUAUCCUGUAGUUGAACAUUAUAAAACAUUGAAUAAAGUGUAUUCACCUUAA